AUGAUAAGUGAAGACUAUGAAUUUGGCAAGACUAGUAUACUAAAUAGAAAGAAGUAUACCUUAGUCAUCGAUGGGGACACAAGUCGCAGUUUUGUAAGAUUCACCGUUUUUCCUAAAUCUAACUUAAAGUUCAAGAAAUUCAAGUCGAAUGAGAGGGUUAAAGUUAGCAUGGGCAUACAGUAUCACCAAAUUGUAUUAAUUUUAUUGUUGAAUAUUUUGUUUCAUGCGAUUUGCGUAAGGUCAAAAUUCCUCGAGCAUAUUGAUAAGACGUUUGAAGUAAGCAUUGCGCUAAGCUGUCAGAUCAUGGUUGUAAUGGGAUUGUUUGCAUUAGGUACCAUUAUACUUGUGAGAGGACCUAGCGUGGAGACUGUGACAAUCUUUAAAGGAACUGGUCUACAGUUAUCCAGAGUGAAGGGUAUAGUUAUUUUCCCUCAGCAAUGGAACCGCAAGCUCUUUGAACAAGUGGAGUUUAUCUCUAAUGAAAGAAUUAUUGAUGUUGUAAUCAACGAAGGAUUCUGUCGUGGAUUUCGAGUGAUAUUCUAUCUUGCAGCAAUUGUACGAAAAUCACCUACCCUUAAGCUUUUAUUCCCAUCUAAUUUACCUAAUAUUGAUGACCAACGAUUGAUAUACAAUAUAUCCAGAAAAUACCUCAAUGGUCAAGAAAAACCGCUUCGCAGAACUAAAGACUGA